AUGGUCUGUGAAGCUUCCGCCCCUUGCUUGUGGUUGCUUAUUCUGUGGUGUUCUUGACUGUUCUUACUCGUCUUUACCGGAUAUCUGCUUCUCUUUCCGGAUUGAAAGGUUUUCAAGCGGUACGUAGAGAUCGGGAGGGUUGCCCUCGUCAACUACGGCAAGGACUAUGGCAAGCUCGUCGUCAUCGUCGACGUCGUCGAUCAAAACCGAGUAAGCGUCUGCUGGCAACCCAUGCCUCCCUUCAAUUGUGGCGUAGGGUACAAUAUUUGUUCCUUGGAUUACCUAAUCCAAGUUCAUUUAUUUACUUUCUAGCGUACGAUUUAUCAUUUUAUCCUCGCCGUGACGCUCAGUCUCUUUCCUUGAGCUACGAUUCUCACUCCCAUGAACUUAAAAUCUGUCAUAGUUUGCGGAGACUCCGCGUAGGAAGGGCACCAUUAAAAAGUUGGACACUCGAUGUCUAAGAGCAGAGCUUCGAUGUACAGAGAACUCGAAGCUGUGCGCUUACCCGACGUCCAUCCAAUAUUAUUAGGUUUUUGACAUUUCGGGGUUGUGAUCACCGGUUGUCAAAGAUUGAAUUCGAAGUUGUUCUAGCGACCAGUUUGUCCGUCCAAUCGUACUCUGGGUUUCUGGCUGUGUUUUUUUGGGCAAACUUCUUUUUAAGGAUGACAUUAUAUUGCGGCGUUUUAGAGAAAUGUUCAUCUAUUACUUUUUCAUCGUCUUAAAAUCUAUGAACUUCUGACCACCUGAAUUUGAUCCAUUGAAAUAGAAACUACUUGGACAUCUGUUUUGGAGGGGUACUAACCCGAUCAUAUUUGUGAGAAAUAAUUGAAAUCAUAGAAUAGAGGUGAGUGAAGAUUUGUUGGGCUUCAUCCUUAUUAUACCAUUUUUGUGAAAAAAAAUGAUAAGCACGAACUUUUUUUAAUUUCCUCCGCGUAAUUUUUGUCGUUUAAUUUCUAUAGCUAGAAAUAUUCAAUGGCUUAUUCAGCUGUACUCAAAGAUGGCUAUGCUUUGGAAGAAGAUUGACGAGUGAGUUUGCUUGUGCAGGUACUUGUCGAUUAUCCUGACAUUGUGCGUGGACAGAUGAACCUUAAAAGGUUGCAGCUGACGGACUUCAAAAUCGAGAUUCCUAGAGUUCCCAAGAAGAAGACGCUGGCUGAGGCGCUUGAGGCGGCUGGUAAGAAGGCCGUUCCAUAUAUACAGGGGAAAUGUUAUCUUGGGUCAUCUUUAUUUUCUUGUUGUCGGUUAAUUUUAGACUACGAGACAUAAGAGUUGACGUUGGCAGACAUAAAGAACAAGUGGGAGAAUAGUUCCUGGGGUAGGAAGCUGAUCGUGCAGAAGCGCCGAGCUGCUCUCAAUGACUUUGACAGGUUCAAGGUCAUGCUGGCCAGGAUCAAGGUUUGGCUAAUUCCAUCCACCUCUUUGUUUAGAAAGAUACUUCGCCAAGCGCCUCUACUGAUCUGAUGGGUAUUCUGCUGUUCAGAGAGCUGCCGUUGUGAGGCAAGAGCUCGCCAAGUUGAGGAAAUCGAGCGCGUAG